GCAAGAGGGGGGAGGGGGGGCUGCGCAUCCCUUCGAGGCCCUCCGCAGCUGGGGAGCUGUCAGCGCAGGCAGACUUCUUGUUCCAGUGCUGGUCAACAGUGAUAGUGAUGUUACUAGUCCAUUGCAUGCAGGGAUGUCUGAUGGUGAGCAGGAAAGGAAGCAGCUUUAGACAGUAACUUCAGCUGCCUAUAAAUGAGCAUCAAAACACAGCAUUGCCACGGCUGUCUGCCCAGCAGACCUGGUUACAAGAGCCAGAGGGAUGGUGGUAGUCACAGGGCAGAACAAAGCCAGUGGAAAUCUGGACAAUGCCAUGUCGAGUUCAGAUGCAGAGGAUGACUUCCAAGACCCUGCCACUCCUACUGCAACUCAGGCAGGGCACUCGCUGCCUCUGCUGCCUCAGCAGUUCCCAGAAGUUGUUCCGCUUAAUGUAGGAGGCAUGUAUUUCGCUACCAGGCUGUCAACGCUAAGACGCUAUGAAGAUACCAUGUUGGCUGCUAUGUUUAGUGGAAGACACUACAUUCCAACAGAUGCUCAAGGCAGAUAUUUUAUUGACAGAGACGGAACUUACUUUGGAGACGUUCUUAACUUUCUGCGAUCUGGUGACCUGCCACCGAGAGAACGGGUGAGGUCAGUUUACAAGGAAGCUCAAUAUUAUUCCAUAGGACCAUUGCUGGACAAUCUAGAGGAAGUCCAGCCUCUUAAAGGAGAAAAAGUUAGACAAGCUUUCCUGGGCUUAAUGCCAUAUUACAAAGAACACUUGGAACGGAUAAUUGAAAUAGCUAAGCUUAGAGCCAUGCAGAGAAAAGCAAGAUUUGCAAAAUUGAAGAUCUGUGUUUUCAAGGAAGAAAUGCCCAUCACCCCAUAUGAGUGUCCACUUUUCAACACUCUACGUUUUGAAAGAAGUGAAAGUGAGACAAAACUGUUUGAACAUCACUGUGAAGUAGAUGUAUCUUUUGGCCCCUGGGAGGCUGUAGCUGAUGUAUACGAUCUUCUGCACUGUAUUGUGACAGAUCUGUCAGACAAGGGAAUUACUGUGGAUCAUCAGUGCAUUGGUGUGUGUGAUAAACAUCUGAUAAACCAUUAUUACUGCAAGCGCCCCAUCUAUGAAUUCAAGAUUACUUGGUGGUGGUGUCCUACAAUGCUCAUCUGUGACCACUCUGGAGAUCAUUCUCAACUUUGCUGCACUGCUGCCAGGUACAAAGGAAAAAGCCCCUCCCUUGCUAAAAUCCUGGGAAGUUUUGAUUUCCCAUUUCCUGCGGCGCAGCUGAGUGGAGCUGAAACGCCGCCGCCGCCCAGGAGAACACAUGCAUUUAGUGCUCAUGGAAACUGUAGAAUGACAGCUUGGGAAACUGAAGUUACCUGUUUAAACACAGGACAAGUACAAUUUGGGGCAGCUCCAAUGCAAGUUUCUACAAACAGAACUGAAGAAAUGAGCCUAAAGUCUGAACGCAGAGGAAUUCACGUUGAUCAGUCAGAGCUACUAUGCAAGAAAGGAUGUGGUUACUAUGGAAACCCUGCUUGGCAGGGUUUCUGCUCCAAGUGCUGGAGAGAAGAGUACCAUAAGGCAAGGCAGAAGCAGAUUCAGGAUGACUGGGAGCUGGCAGAGCGACUUCAGCGUGAGGAGGAAGAAGCCUAUGCUAGUAGUCAGAGUACACCAGGGGCCCAGUCACUCACCUUUUCCAAGUUUGAGGAAAAGAAAAGCAAUGAAAAGACGCGCAAGGUGACAACUGUGAAGAAAUUCUUCAGUGCUUCUUCCAGGACAGGAGCUAAGAAGGAGAUUCAUGAAGCUAAGGCUCCUAGCCCUUCGAUAAACAGGCAGGUCAGCAUUGAGACAGAUCGAGCGUCCAAGGAGUUUAUAGAGUUUCUUAGGACCUGUCAUAAAUCUGGUCAAGAAAUUUAUAAGCAGUGCAAAAUGUUUUUGGAAGCAAUGCAUCACAAAAGGGAAUUAAGUAUUGAGGAACAAUCUGAAUGUGCCCAGGACUUCUAUCAAAAUGUAGCAGAGAAAUUACAGACCCGUUCGAAAGUUUCCCCAGAAAAAGUUGAGAAAACAAUGGACCAGAUAGAAAAAUAUAUCAUGACUCGAUUGUAUAAAUAUGUGUUCUGCCCUGAAACAACUGAUGAUGAGAAGAAGGAUCUGGUUGUCCAAAAGAGAAUCAGGGCUUUGCACUGGGUUACUCCACAAAUGCUGUGUGUUCCUGUUAAUGAAGAAAUUCCAGAAGUCUCUGAUAUGGUUGUGAAAGCAAUUACAGAUAUUAUCGAAAUGGAUUCAAAACGUGUCCCUCGUGAUAAGUUAGCAUGCAUCACCCAAUGCAGCAAACAUAUCUUCAGUGCUAUAAAAAUCACAAAAAACGAACCAGCUUCUGCUGAUGACUUCUUACCAACACUCAUAUAUAUUGUUUUGAAGGGAAAUCCACCCCGUCUGCAGUCCAAUAUUCAGUAUAUAACCCGCUUCUGUAAUCCAAGCAGGUUAAUGACUGGAGAGGAUGGCUACUAUUUUACCAAUCUGUGCUGUGCUGUGGCCUUCAUUGAAAAGCUGGACGCUCAAUCUUUAAAUCUAAGCCAGGAGGAUUUUGAUCGCUACAUGUCGGGCCAAACAUCUCCAAAGAAACAAGAAUCUGAAAACUGGUCUUCUGAUGUGUGCCUAGGUGUUAAACAGAUGUAUAAAAACUUAGACCUCCUCUCUCAACUGAAUGAAAGACAGGAAAGAAUUGUCAGUGAAGCCAAGAAGCUUGAGAAAGACCUUAUAGAUUGGACUGACGGAAUUACUAAGGAAGUCCAAGAUAUUGUUGAAAAAUAUCCAUUGGAAAUAAAACCAAAAAAUCAACCCUUAGCAGCUAUUGACUCCGAAAAUGUAGAGAAUGAUAAAUUGCCCCCACCACUGCAGCCUCAGGUUUAUGCUGGAUGAUAAUUUACCAGGAAAGUAUUAACUUCGAAGGGAAUUCUUACACAUCUUUUACUAUUUGCUGCUUGGAAAGGGGAAUAAGUUUGAGGCUAAAAAAAUCAAAUGAGUUUAAAUCAGUACAUUUUUAAAGGUACAAUUAUUUUGUUUAGAGUGAAAUAAAUUGUAUUUAUUUUAGUCAAAGUAGGUUUCUAUUAGGCUUUUGUGGGUUUUUGAACUGAAUUUAAAUUUUCUACACAAAGCCAAUGUAAUUUUUAAGCAACACUAGUCCAUUGACAACUUUUUCCUGAAAGCUUCCUUCUAGGCAUGCACUUGUGUUUUUAAAUAAUGAGUUAAAUUUAAAUUUAAGAAGAAAAAGAUUAGCAGUACUUCUUGAAGGAUGCAAGGCUGGGUGUUCUAGCAGAAACUCAAAGGUACCACUGUUUCAGAGUCUGAAUUUAUUCUAUAGUUGUAAUGAUGAAAGAUAUAGUGUAAAAUAAAUGUGUAGAAUUGUAAAUAGGUUUAAAAAAGUAAUGUUUCAACUGUGCAUGGCACCUUGUGUAUUAGUACAAAAUGAUAUAUAAAAAUGUCCAUUUUUAGCAACUUUUAUUUAGUUCAGUAUGAACUUCACAGUAUAUAUGGAAGUACGCCAUUAAUGUAUUUUAGCAAGCUGGAUGAUGCAACAGAAUGAACUGCAGAUUUGAAAGCUUGACAGAACUAUGUCAUAGUAUUCAUAGCUUUUAAGCUCAUUCUUUCUAAUAACUCUUGGGAUCUGAAAAUGGAAAUAUUUUUUCAUCUUAACGUUUGCCUCCAUUUUUGUCAGUACACUGAUGGUCUGUUGGGUUGCAGGUAGUUGCUAGUGUUGCUUAUUUCUAAGAAGAAAGAGCAUUGAAGCAGGUUUUGGAAGGAGAGGAAAAUGACAGACUUGGAACACGUGGUGAUAGUUGUGGGGAAAUGGCUCAAAUGCUCAGCCAACAGUGACUGCCAUGCAUCAUAUGAACAUGUUUUAGAGGCUACUUUAUUAAAAGCAUGACCCUUUGCUAUGAGCAAGAAAGAGCACAUUCAUUUUUGCAAAAUUGCACUAUUCCAGGCUUUAGUGAUUUUUGAGUACUGAAAGUGAACAAGUUAAGCAUCAAGGUUAAUACAGUUCACUUCACAAAAGCUUUACAUCACUGUGUACUGUAUUUCAUGUGAAAAAUAACCCAGUAGUCCACUCCACAAAACAUGUAACCAUUUGCAGAUUUUUUUAUACUCCAGUGAUACAUUUUAUAUAUCAUUUUAAAUAUCUUCCAGUUAAUUUAGUCUGCCAUGGCUUGUACGUGUACCUGUGAUAUUUAAUGCUUUUCAGAGAUAUUUUCCUUAGCUUGGCUAAGGGCUGUUCUUAAGCAACAUUAAAUUUUUUCCAUCAAGGGGAGGGUACCUAUCCCUUCAUUGUAUUCCAUUGCUUUAAAAAUACUGAUUUUUUUUCAAAAUUUGCACUGCAAUAAUUUCAGACCAAAACUGUGACUUGUCCUAUUUUUAAUUCUCAAAUUGCUGUGUUUAGCGAUUUGAACUAUGCAUUCCUAGUGUUUUAAAGGUAACUAAUUACCCACAUUUCCCUGCAGAGAUGCAGCAAUGAGUCAGUUGAUCACAAGAAAUUACUCUGAGUAGUUACUGUACAUUGAUGAGACUCUGUUCCUAGACUGUUUAAGACCUGGUCAAUGCUUGUAGUGAGUGUUUAUUUUCUCUACAUACAUUAGGUGCUAAUUCUGAUAUCCAGGUACACAUUUGUCUCUUUCCUAAAACUAACUAACUAAAAAAUGUACACACCUUUUAGCUACUGCAUACUAAAUUGCUGUUAAAUAAAAAUAUGUGCAUUAGGCCUUUGUUAAUGA